CUCCUUGUGGCCCAUCUCGCUGCGGAGCGCCCUAGCCCCCUCGCUUGUCUUCCUCCUCGCGCUGUCGCGCACGACUGUAUUCCAGCAGCACAAGCGCCGCCGCCGCCCGCCGCCGGUUGAUCCCCCCUUCGAUUCUCUCGCUCCCGACCCCCCCAGCCCCCCAUCACCCCACGAACCGGUUCCGCCCCCUUUAGCUCCCCGUUCCAUCUCCUCAAUCUCCCCCGAUUCGUAUCUAUCAAGGCCUACUGGGUCCUCCGCCCCGUGACACCAAGCAUCAUGUCAGGAAGAGAUCGCCUGCCGCGCCGCUUCAUCGAGGAGGGCAGGGGGUACCCCGACGGCCGCGUGGUUGAGGAUCGCAGGGGCCAUCCUGGCAUCCGCGUGGUGGAUGAUCGUAGGGGCCAUCCUGAGAUCCGUGUCGUCGAGGACCGAAGGCCCUACCCGGCCGCCAUGCGUGUUAUCGAGGACCGUAGAGGUUAUCCUGAGAUUCACGAGCGGCCGGUGGUCAUGAGGGUGGCUCAUCGCCCUCACCCGGCUGUUCUGGAGGAAGAAAUCGGGUUGCAGCAAGAGGCCGAGUUCCGGAGGCUCAUGGCUGACCGCCAUGCGCUGGCCGAGGAAAGGUUGGAGUUGCACAGGGAACUGCAGGCUGGAAAAGAGGAGGUCCGUCACCUGAACAUGAUCAUUACAGAGAUUAAUGCCAAGAAGGAAGCUUAUAUCAGCGAGCUUGUUGACAAGAGGAGGAAGCUUGAAGCUGAGGUUAGAGCAAAUGAGCCUUUGAGAGAUGAGGUUGUGCAUCUUCGCGGUGAAGUCGAUAAGCUCCUUGCUGCUAGGAAAGAGCUCUCUGCAAAGGCGGCGUCCCUAAUGCAGGAGCUGCGUAGGGAUAGAUCUGAUAAGCAACAGAUACCUAUGUUGAAAGCAGAGAUUGAUGGCCUCCAACAGGAACUUUCUCAUAUAAGGAGUGCAUGCGAACUGGAGCAGAAGGGGAAUUUUGAGUUGGUGGAACAAAGGAAAGCAAUGGAGAAGAGUAUGAUUUCAAUGGCACAGGAAAUUCAACAAAUGCGUGCAGAAUUAGCUAAUUCUGAAGGAAGACCGUGGGGCGCAGGUGGAGCAUAUGGGACGAGGCUGGGUAGCCCUGAAGCAACAUUCCCUGCUCAGUAUGGAGAUAGAUACAAUAUCCAUGCGGGAGUUUCUGAGAAAGGUCCUUCCCAUCCUCCUGAAUCUUCAUGGAGCACAUAUGAAAAGAACCGGUUCCAGUACCGCUAAGAUCCCAGCCGCUGCAUUCCUUGGAGAAAGAAUCACCUUCUGAGUGCUAAUUAUCGUAUCACAUGGUUUAGAAUAUCUUAUUAUCUACUUGCUUGCAUUACAAUCUAGACUUCUCUAAAUGCUUCUAAUAAUUAUGCUUUGUGUGCUAGUCACUAAAUUUUUUCCCAACAGUAUCCUGAUACUAUUUACAUCUUGGCUCCAGAUUUACUUAUGUUACUAUGAUAUCCAUGUUUCCGGAUGGAUUUAUGACUAACAAAUAUCUUAACAUGGCUUGGUCGAGUCACAUUUGGAGUAUGCAUUCUGAUUUUAAUGUGGAGCUUUGGAGUUCUAAUAAACUGCUAAACUUUGAAAUGUAGUAUUGUAGAUAUGUACAAAUAACUUCUAUCAUGCGAUUACAAAAGGAGUUAAUGAACUUGAUGUGAAAUGACACGGACAGUGCAUGUGUAAUAUGGGCCUAAAGUUUGCACUUGGUGAUAACCAACUGUUUGGUUUAUUCACUCAAUGCUAGAUGGUUCCAAGUCUUUACUGUUACCAGUUUGUUCAGACACGGGCACCAUAUUUUCUGUACUUCUGGCUAUAUGACAAUACUUUCCUCACUGACCAUAUUUUUCUACAUCUAGGUUCGCUUAGGGAAAAGUUGUUCCCCAUAGUGAUCAAUUGAUCAUAUCAUAUGUUGGCUAGAUUCAUGUGAACUGCUGCAUAGUUGAAUGUGCCAUGCAUUGAAGUCUGUUAUCAGCAGACAGGGAUCAUGUAAUGUAAGUGGUAUUGCACGAGAACUAACCUCGCCUCAUUCAAUUUCCAAGACCAUAGUACUCAUUUGUGCAAGAGUCUAUAUAAUUAUGUCCCAAAAGAAAUGACAUUCUAGAUUUUGUAAGUUCUUCAAUGAGCAACUUUGACUAUUAAUAUUUGCAUGAAUGUGUAGUAAAUAAUUAUUAAAAUAUUUUCAUAGCAAUCCUAAGGCACAAUUUUUAUCUAAUGCUAGCUAAAUGUCCGUGCUUUGCUACGAAAUUAAAAUUUUGUGUUAUGCAUGAGUUGUUUAAAUAUGUGUCGCUCAUAUUUUUAAAAUUUCUGAUAAAUAAGAAUUAUGUCAAAAUAUUAUUUUUUAAAAUACAAUUACUCUUGAAAGUCCUGUAAACCAAUCAAGCAUAGUUAAAAGAUCAUGAUACGUAUAGAAUGAGUGGCAAUUAGAUGACUCCGUAGCCUCUAAGAGGUAGUCUUGUUGGAGUGAACUCGCGACCACCAACUCAGAUCUUUAUAAGUGUAAAGAUAAAUAUCUAAUAAAUCGGAACCGUUUAGUUACUAAUUAGCCAUCAAAGUUCGAGAAGUUUGAUUCUACCGUUUCUAGGACGUCAUGUACUUGGCCGAGGUAGUAUUAUCUAGGGCCAUGGUUGCAUUUCUUUUCAUCUUCUCAACUUAUGGGCAGUAGGCUGUACUGUUAAACUGGUGGUAGUUCAACAGCAUAAGUUGUCUUAUCUGAAUUGGUUUGCAUUUGGUACUUGCAUGAGCAGUUUUCUCAAUUUGUAGUUCUCUUGUGCCUUUUUGGGUUGUUUGAGGAAUUUGAACUUCCAGACCUUGUGUGACCUUGAUUAGAAAUGUCUUUCUCUAGCACUUUGUGUAAAUAUAAGUUAUUAAGUUUCUAUAAUAUUAGUUAGGUUACUUGUAGCAUAGUUUGGAUUUUGUGUCUGGUGCCUGAAGCCUUAGUUGGCUCUGUUCUGUUGCAACAUAUCAGAGGAGGGAGGCUAUUCAGAGACUCGUUGCUUGUUAGAUACUAGAUGUUGAGCAUUGGAUAAUGCUUGGCACAUGCUGAGGUUGAUGGAGGAACUCUUCUUAGGACUACUAAUGGACCUACAGUGAUGCAUGUCGGUGUAGCAUUACCACUCUUUGCUCCCUGAAAUCAGAUUAGUAGAGAGUGCAUUCACAUGCCACUUUUCCCAUUUCUAUUUUACUUUGCCUGAUGCUGUAUGAAUCAGGCUUGGGGCGUGAUUAUUUUGUGUGUGCUUAUUGCCCACUUGAUUAGCUGGCUCUUUACCUUUGUGCCUUAUUUGCUACGUGUUAAGUCGGUCCUGUUCUCUAUUGAACUUCUACUGGGAUCUCCAGCUUCCAGAAUCAGCACUUCAGUUUAUUAGAAUUGCACACCAAUACGAACGACUUGCAAACACCACCAUCUGAUGAUGCAUGGAUGUUAGUUAGAGUAUUGUGCCUGAACUUUACACGAGUGCUGGAUUUUGAAGAUUUUGCUGAGGUUGGCAGAAGAUGAAAGCACUACAGCGUUUAUCAUGGGAAGCAGAGGCGACUCCAGAUACCAGUUGACAGCAGCUGUUGUAGAUGCACUGGCCUUGCAACCUUUUUGAACGGAAAACUGUAGGACUGUAGGGGGGGGGGGGCUGACAGUAGAUUUUAUCAAAUAAGCUAGGAUAUUUACAGGACACGGAAGGAAUGUACAUCAAGAGAAGGUUGUGGGAAUGAUCACAGCUAGGUAUUGUGAUCUAGCUUGGAUCUGAGAGCAACAUUAAGCUCCUCAUUCAUUCUAAGGACAAAAGAAGAUCCUUUGUAAAAAGGGAUAGCCAGCAGCCUAAACUAGGAUUAAUGUUGUCAAAGAUUUUAGCAUUCCUAUGCUUCCAGAUGUUCCAGACUGCCACCAUGAAGACUUCCAAUAAGAGAGGCUGAUAGAAUGGGCUCUAGCUUCUUGUGUGAGAUGAUCAGUGUGGGAGCUGCAGUCCUGGGGCAAGCCAAUAUAAUUCUAGCGGGAGAUAAAGGCCCCGAAAGCAUGUGCUGCAUGGCCUAAACCAUAUUUGACAAAAGCCAUGGCCCUUGAUCUCGCUGGAAAAGAUUUCAGUGAUCUGAACAACUCCAUGAGAACCAGAGACUUUAAGAAGCGCAUUCCGUGAUAGGAUAGAGUACCUAAUGGGUUUUAUAACAGGAUUCUCUCCGAUGCCUUCACGGUGGUGAAAAGCUAUCGCGAUCUGCUCUGAUACAAAAUGUUGCCAUCCAUGGCAGUGUUUUAACGUGAUGGACUGAUGGUAGCAGCUUGAUGCAUUUUUCACUAUAAUGCUCAAAAACAGUGUAGAUUUUGGAUAGAUCUUGGAUUAAGAGUUUGCGGUAUGACCUGCAUGAGCUCGUUGAAGGAAAGUUUUGCAUGGGAUUACAAGUUUCUAUGUGAAGCAUCAGUUGAUGUUUGAUGUGUCUUCUAUGGGAUGCUGAUAGCACAGUGCAGAUUCAGACAGAAGUGGGUUGAAGAGUUAGCUGAUAAUCUGACUACUGAUAUACCUUUACCUGUAGUAGGUCCACAUUAUGUUCCACCAGGCUGGACUUUUCAUUAUCCAGUGCACAGAAUAUGGAAUUUCGGUGCUCUAUGGGAUAAGAUUGGUUUUCUCGCUAUCUUGGGCGAGUCAACUUAUUGACUGAAGUUGCCUGAAGAAUGUAGUACCUGAACUGCAUGAGCUCUUAGUGCUGGAAGCUUUUGCUCAGAUUGUAAGAAGGGGAAAACAUUGCAGUGUCUUUUGUGACAGCAGACAGAUGGAAGUUUGACCUUCAAUGUUUUCUCCCUAUAUGGAAUGCUUAAAGCACGUUGAAGAUUUGAGCAGAAUUUGGUUGGAAAGUUUUAGCUGAUACUUGGACUAUAUAGAUUAUAAAGAUUUACUGUUUUAAGUCCAGCCAUGCAUAGUCAGUCCUAUUGGCCGGGCUUACUUAGUCCAUAUACAGAGCUGGAUAUUUGAUAUGCUUGCGUUCUAUGGGAGAUACUUUCUCGGCCAGCUUGUGAAUACUUGGGUCAUAUUUUGGAGAUCCCACCGAAGCUUUUCAGAUCACACACAAUUUGGUGAAGGCUUACCAACCAUGAGGCAAGUAGUUUCUUCAUCCACAGCAGAAGUUACGCUGAGUCUCUGUCUAUUAUUUUGAAUGAUCAUUCUUGAUAGUGCACCUUCAUUAACCUCUAGUAGUAUGUUAAUUUGCAGCUUAAUAUUAGGAUAUUCCAAUAAACCUUGGGGAAUCCAACUGAUUUCUACUUUAGAAUAUGUGCUGUUUUCAGUAUGCCAUAUGUUGAGAAGCCUAGCUAGUAAAUUUAACGAGCCCAGUGUUCUAAGAGUCCAAGUCCAUGGUGUCUGGACGUGUGUUGAUCUGAGGUACAGUAGCGGCUGUAUUGACGGUGACACAUCAGUGGCUGUAGGAAGACAAGGUCACUAGAAGAGUUUUGUCUAAGUGAUGGGAGAUGGUCUAACGGGUCGUGUAGGCUCGUUGAGUUGAGCCCCAACUCCCCCCCUCUCCCUUGUUUCCCCUCCAGGCCUAGUUCACAAGGUGGGUUCGGUGCUAGUUCGGCCCCCUGUUGCCCAACUAGCCCCUAGCGAUUUCAUGAACAGUUAGUGAGCUUGGUUUGUUUUCCGGUUAACAGCCCUGGAUAAUAGCUGUAAACAAGCCUAGCUGAAUAUGGCUAUAUUUAGUUUCUUAACUAUGAUCACAACUGUAGAGGUGGCACUGGAUUUGGACUGACCAUUGGGCUUUGGACCUCUAUAAUCCUGGAUCUUGUUGGACUGGACUCUGUUGGAGGUGGACAUCCAUGAAACCAAUGUCCAAUAAACGUUGGAUCUUGUUGGGCCAGAUAAUUGGACAGUCCAAACAUCUAGUGGACACAAGCUCCCGUAGUAGGGUAACCACCGUAGCCAUGUAACUAGAAUCCACCUGCUGCUCUGGAGAUAUGUCAUGGAGGCGGCCACAUGAUGGAGCAAGGCAAGUUGGCAACGACCAUGCUGGCGAUCCCAACGGCAGCCAACCUUGCGCAAAAGCUAUACCCUGAGACUGCAGAGCCAGCACCAGCAUCCGGCAUCGGCAAUGCCGACGAAGAUAGUUGCUUGAGCUUGGCUCCGGGGACUGUCCCUGUACAUCUGGGUCUGGCUUUGACCAGCGCAAGCCUCAGCCAGCUUGAGCAGGACCCUCAGGUCGGCGACGCCGUCUGGUCAAACAGUAAACGCUCCAUGGUUAGUUACUGGUUUAUCCGUCAUUUGAUUAGUUUCUAGAGAAACAUUGUGUUUCUAUGUCAGCUGUGGAGAGGAAUAAGCAAUGUUAGAUUUACUCCCAUGGGAAGACAGGUUCUUGCUGAACAGAGCUACAGAAGGAAAAUUGCCUACUGCUCUUGGAAAAUGUUGCUUCACUACGUCAUCUGAGAUUUGCCUGUUACAUUCCUGAACUUCCAGAGCACAUGAUCGAAGUAUAGCCGCAAGAGGAUUACUGACAGUAGGCCAUGAUCUCAACAACCUUUUCUAUUAUGGGAAGAUACGUAAUAGCCGUAAGUGAUAGUGGGCACGGUAGAGAAUAUUGCGAGAGGUAGACAAAAUACAUCCUGCUUUGGUUUAACCGAAACAUGUACUAUCUCAAAUGCUGAUGGGGCAGCCAUCCGUAGAAACUGAUUCUAGCUCAAUUUUGACGUCCAUGACUAACAUGGGGUGUUCUGUCUUUAUCUUACUAAUAAUGUUCUAUGCCUUAUUAUUUACUGUUUGGUAUUUAUUGUUGUUUAUCAUAUUUACUGUUCUGUACAAUUCUUUAGAUGCUACUCUAUUUUUUCUCAGAAUGUCUAACAUGGCUGUUGCAUCUUACAGAUUGAAAUCCUUGGUUGGUCCUUCCUCUGGCACAAAAUAUGUUUCAUUCAUGAGAAGGAGCAGCUGAUGCAAGAAAACAGUAAAUUUGGGAAUGUAACUGUUGCCUUUCUGAAGCUGAAGGUUCAUUUGCAAAUAACAUAUGUUUGAGGAAUUAUCUCUUUGAUUAAAACUAAAACAUCAAAAUUGACAUCUAGAAAUUCCUGCAAGAGUUCAAGACAUGGAAUGCUAUACCAGCUGGAUUUAUAUGAAAAAUGAUUAAUCAAACAGAGGGAUGCUCACUGGACACGAAUGCAGGACCUUGGUGCUUGGAUAAUUUGCUGGUACUAUCUUUUGUUCUGUUCUGUUCGGUGAAAGGGAGACAUUGUGCUGUAGAAACUUGCUGGUUGUCUGCUGGAAGCUCAGUUCCAUGUCGAAGAUCAGAAGUGGUUCCUCUGUGGAAUUGAGCUUACAGCUUUGUAGAUUGGUGGAUUAAGUUGUCCAGGUCACGAAGUUUCCAGUUAUUUCAUUUGGAUGUAGUCACCACUUUGGCAAGCAAUGGUGAGGUUGGUACAGCUGUCAGUUAUACAAUAAGUUGCUCCUUUCAUGCCCGUAAAGAGCUAUUGAUGUGUUGUUUCUUUGAGGCUGUGAUGAACUAAUGAUCAUGUUGCUCAUGGCAAGACACUGACAAUCCAUCAGCACCUAUAGCAACCAAAUUGCCAACAAGCUAGUGAUGAACUACGUAUGUACCAUUUUGUGGUGCUUGGUUUUGCUGUAACAAUCCUGCCCAAGAGUUCUGCUUGAAAAGAUCUUGCAAGUCACCCCAUGUGCACAAUGAGUGCAUUUCUUGGAUGUUCAGGAAGGCUGAUUACAUGCUAAGCAUAUGAUUGUUUAUUUUGAGAAGUAAUUGCGAAAUAGUAUACAGAUAAAAUUUUCUCAACCACAUACUGGCAUGUGAAGGAAAGAAAUUUUGGUACGGGAGUUGAAUUAUUCAGAAAGUUCUCUAUAAGAAUAAAGACCAGAAUUCUCCCACUUCGAACUUCGGGAGGAUGCUCUUGUGCUGCAUGCCACGUUCCUCUUCAAAUUGCUAUCUGUUAUGUUUCUGGAGGAGCCUUGAAUAUGCACUGCCCUGAACUGCUUGUAUCCUCAGGACUAGUGAGUGCAUGGUGACUUUUGCUGGAAGAUGUUUUCUGAUAUUAUGAGUGAGGAUAUGAACUGAAAUUGAAGGAGGAUCAAAGUCCUGUCUCGCAAAACACCAUUUAAUAGGGUUGCUUCCUUCCGGUUAAGGCCAUGGAGACUUCUGAUGUCACGUGUCCUGUCCUGUUGCUUAAUGCGGUGAGCAUAAGGAAAUACAUGGUUGUUUUGAGGAUUUCCAAAGGACUUAGUGUGGCAUGGUUUAGUUGUAUCUUCUGUUAGUGUUUUUUGGCCAUUAGGUUUGCCGGCUUGAUAGGAGUAACAAGUGCGAAAUUGAUCAUUUAUUAAGCAUUUCACAUAAUCUGUAGAUGCAUUAGAUAGCCAUACGAUUUGUUUCCAACGCAACGGAAAAAAAAUCAUGAUAAAUUAAAUUGUUAGGUAGCGCUGGUGUUUACUAUUUGCAGCUGUGCAAAUGGUAAAUGCAUAGGAAUAGUGCCUGUUUGAUACAAGCAGUAAUUGCAUUUUAUGUUAAUGUAAUUAUGUUUAUUCAUUCUCGGAAGCUAAUUAAGACAUGGGCCGGGCCUAUUUAGGUCUUUUCUUAAA